AUGCGAGCACGGGGAGAAUGGGCAUUAAAGAGCGAGGCUGGGACCUCUGCGGAGCUGCUGCAGUCGAGCAUCCACGGCCAGAAGAGAGACGAUGGGAAACUCGCUUCGAUGGCUGGCUACAGCCGCAGCAGCUGUCUCAUCAAGCUCUGCUCACGCUCUAGCCAACAGAGGCAGGACAAAGAGCCACCCAAUAAUAUCCCACAGUUGAGGCGGAGAGGGCACUUUUCUAAGUGCCCCGAGGAAUACAAGCAUUACUGUGUCAAAGGGCGAUGUCGGUAUGUCAUGGCCGAAGAGACGCCAGCUUGCGUUUGCGAGAAAGGCUACACGGGCGCAAGAUGCGAGCGAGUGGACAUCUUCUACCUGAGAGGAGAUCAAGGCCAGAUUGCAGUGAUUUGCUUGAUCGUUGCCAUGGUGGCUCUGAUCGGCCUGAUAAUAUGCAUCUGCACGUGCAGUCAUCACUGUCGGAAGCGCCGCAGGAGGAGAAAGGAAGAAGAAAUGGAAACGCUAGAGAAAGAGUUGCCUACCAAACAGGAGGAUGUCCUAGAGACGGACAUUGCAUGAAGGUUACUGAAGGCACCUGCAGGCAGGUUCCAAACAGCACAAUGUCUUGCUCUAUU